AGACAUUGUGAAUUCUUUCCUGUUAUUUAACUGCUCGGUCGAGGAGAAAAUCUCUUGGGAACAGGAUGGCGGCUUUGGGUUUAGAGAUAUUAGGGGUCACUCUUGCGGUUCUGGGGUGGAUUGUUGGUAUCGUGACCUGUGCAUUGCCCAUGUGGAGAGUCUCAGCUUUCAUCGGAGUGAACAUCGUAACUGCGCAGACCAUAUGGGAAGGCAUCUGGAUGAGCUGUGUGGUGCAAAGCACUGGGCAGAUGCAGUGUAAGGUUUAUGACUCUAUGCUGGCACUAAGUUCAGACAUGCAGGCAGCCCGCGCCCUGUGCGUGAUCUCCAUUGUGUUGGGCGUGCUGGGAGUUUUGGUGUCCAUCGUAGGAGCCAAGUGCACUAACUGCGUGGAGGACGAACGAACCAAAGGCAGAGUGAUGAUCGCGUCGGGUGUGACUUUUAUCUGCGCCGCGGUCAUGCAACUGAUACCGGUCUCCUGGUCAGCUCACAGCAUCAUCAUGGACUUCUACAAUCCCAUCGUCCAGGAGGCCCAGAAAAGGGAGAUCGGGGCCUCUCUCUACCUUGGAUGGGCCGCCGUGGCUCUCCUGCUCAUAGGGGGAAGUAUUCUGUGUUGCAGCUGUCCCCCGCAGGACGAGAAACGGUACGGGCCGCCCAGCCGAACAGUCUACUCUCCUCAAAGGUCGGUUGCCCCCAGCAGCUUUGACAGAAGAGACUAUGUGUGAUCUGCGGCUUUCUUUGCGUGAGGUUUGGAGAGAGACAAGCUUGCACUUGUUUAAAUCAGUUUUUUUUUUCUUUAAAUCAGUGUAUUUACAGAGAUGAAACAGAACUGAUACCAAAAAAAUGAUCAAUGAUGUUAUCAAUGCAGUGAGUUUUGAAAUGUUGACUUGAACUAUAAAGAAAAGGUUCUACUGAACAUAGUUCAUUUUGUUCACUGGAAUUUCAUAUUCAUGUAUGUAUUUUCAUUUGUUUCCUUUAACACCUGUAUAGAACUGCUGUUUUUGUUGUUUUGUAACAUUCUUAGUUUUGUAAUAUAAGAUAAGUAUCAAAGGCCAUGCAAGUUUUAUUUUAUUUUAACUCCUUCAAUAUCUCUUCUACUACUGACAAAAGUUGUGACAUUUUAAACUCCAUUUAGGGGCAAUUGCAGUUUUUUGGAAAUGUGAGUGCCAAAUGCAGAACAAAUUUGCCCAUUUGAAAAUCUUGGAUUCUUUAUAGACAGUAACACUGCUUACCCUCAGAGAUUUUUCUGGGAUAUUAAAACAAUUGUUUUUUUUUCAUAAAGCUGCAACUAUUCUGAAAACCUUGUUGUGCUCUAUGUGCUAAGGUCUGCUAUUGUGUGUAAAUUCAGAAAAAAAAAAA